UAAUAAUAUUUAAUCUUAAUAAAUGUUGGGUAUUUUAAUUUAAAUUCCCAAAAAUUAUGCUAUAUUGCCAUAUCAGGCAGAAAAUUGUUGACAAUACCGCUACCUAUGAGACGUAAUGAAAUUUGACACUUCGAGAAAGAUGGCGAAGACGUACUAAUCGACUCUACAGUGCCGCGAAAAAUGAUUGAAUGCAGAAUGGGGUUUCAACGUGAAAAGAUGCAUUAUACCAUGUUCAUCGCCAGAUCGAGGAGUAAGAUCGAUCAUCAAGGCAUAAGAUCAUAGAUACUUACGCGGGCUUCUUGAUAUUAUUCGACAAAUGAGGCGGCUUAUAGGAUGCCUAGUUCACAAAUUUGGACUAAGAUCACUCAGUUUUUGAACAUAUGAAACUGUUUGUACUUUAUCAUGUGGACUAUAAGAAAAUCUCCUAAAUCCUUUAAUGCCUCAUACAUAUGCGUAUGGCUAGUAAAGCUAACUGCUACUAUCACUACUAUACGUAAUACUGCUGUUACAUACAAGUACAUAGUAUAAUUUCGAAGGGCAUACAUAUUCUUGUAGAUGAAGAAAACUCAGAUUAUUGUAAAUUAAAAACAUGUCAUUGGCCAUAUGCAGAUAGCACACUUUUUGCCAAGUUAUUAUUUCUUGUAUGUUCAUACAUACGUACAGCUAUGAAGGUAUUUGUAUGCAUAAACGUAUGUUUAGAAGAAUUGAAGUUUAUUGAAAUCACUCAACACUCUGCAGACAAUCUACAUACGGCAUCAUUUCAUAAUAUUCAAACAGCAUCGAAAUGAAUGCCUUUGACACCACUCGCCUAUAUAUCGUUAUGAAUAAAAAUUGUUUAGUUGUUUCUUACACAUCAUCCAAAUAACACCAAAUAUAUAUUUAUACAUCUGGGCGAUUGGAAAAAUAUCUAAAAACUAUUUUAUAGAAAUAAUAAAGAUGUCUAGUCGCCAAUGGUAUUAUAAAAUCAACGUGUUUUUUAUAUGCUCUUUCAUAAUUGGCGUUCAUAGCGACAUCUAUGAAGCAUGCGAAAAUAAACCAAAUUACGCAUUUAUAGGCAGCAAUACGUCUUGUCGACAUUACAUCUACUGUGCCGGUGCCGAAUCCUAUGAGGGCGAAUGCGCAGAUGGCGAUUAUUUUAAUGAAUUGUUGCAAACGUGUGAUCCCGAGGAUCUGGUCAAUUGCGAACUUUUCAACACAAGCAGCUCCAGCUCCAAUCAAACGGCACCCAACCAAGCUACAACGAUCACAACAACCAAUACAUCAUUUUCUUCUACAGCAAUAGCAACAAGUGAUAUCCCCAUAUUAAACUCGUCAGCACCAAUACAAACUGCGCUCAGCGAGAUGAACUCUGAUAAUACCAGCACCACAAGUGCGAUAGGUGGAUCUAUUACAACUUCAAUGGCGCCGCCCGUAACAGGUGUUGAUAUGGUCAUAAUAAUAUCAACUGAUUGUCCGUUAAUGGAUAAUCCAUAUCAAAUGAUUUUCGUGCCACAUCCGAAAUCUUGUUCAGAUUAUUUUAUUUGUUAUCGCGGCAAACAAUUGGCAAUGCACUGUUCUUCUAUGCUACAUUUCAAUGCCAAUACAGGGAAAUGUGAUUAUGCGGAGAACGUUGGGUGUCGAACUGGUUUCAGCAAUCCAAGAGAGCAAUGCCAGCUAUAUACGACCGAUUUGUAUCCUCAUGCCACGAAUUGCAACUACUUCUAUUACUGUCGCAAUGGAUAUCUUUUGCUGCAGCAAUGCCCUUUUAAUUAUGGCUGGGAUUUCGAACGACGUGCUUGUACGGCGCUUCAGGAAGCAAGUUGUUACAACAAAAAAAUAAUGCAAUUAUUUUAAGAAAAUGUAUUUGUAAUAUUACUUUUAUGUAAUAAAGUUAUAUUUUAAA